CUGCUUUGUCCGCAGUGUCCACGCGUCGUUACUUACGCUCUCCUCAAAAGUUAUUUGUUUCAUCGCGACUGUCUUUGUUCUCGUUCUUGCUUCCAUAGACCACGUUAAUUCCCGAAGGAGUGUCCUCCGCAUGUCCGUUAUCCCCUCGGCCAAGCGAGCUAUCCGUAUCAUCGCGCUCCCGCUCGCAACUCCAUCCGCGCACAAGAGCCGGGGACUCGUCGAGCAUCUCACAUAUUACCACUUCGUCACUCCGCCUCCGUCCGAAGGAAAUGCACGAAACUGGUUGACAUGGGUACAAAACAAGGCUGCAGACAUGUGGGCGGGUAUGGGGAAGGCUCCGGAAGGGAACUGGAGGCGUAAAUCCUUUCUGUACGGCGAACGUCUCGUCGAUCGUCUCGACUUCGAGGAACUCGCGCUCAAGUCGUUUGACACCUCGCUUGGGCCGAAGCUCCUCCCAACGGGACGAAAAGACAGGAUCAAGCCUACGGACAACCCUACGAUCCCUCUUAUUUACCCUUCGUCCGCUUGCGAAUCCCCGUUACCACACCUCCACACCCUCCUGGAGAAGCGGACACCCAGCCAUAGAAAAGGUGCCAUCAUAUGGCUCGCAAUCUCGCCUCUGACGGCGCCGUUCAUGAUCAUUCCGAUCAUCCCGAACUUCCCUUUCUUCUUCUGCGCGUGGCGUGCAUGGUCACAUUAUCGCGCGUUCAAGGCGUCGCAGUACCUAGAGUCGUUCGUCGAGCGUGGCGCGAUCCUCCCGCAGGCCUCCCCCGAGCUCGAUGCGAUCUACGCGGAGUACGCACCUGUCCCGCCAGACCCCGAGGCUCCUGGGACACCACAUCCCGGUUCACACUACUCGACACCGAAGGAGGGCGCGAAGGAGGGUGACGAUGUGGACGUGGAGGCGAGCGAGACGCCCGAUUCUGCUGCGUCGAUGUCGAAGGAAAAGCUUGAUGCUGCGGGUCCUGAUCGUCCGCAUUUACUCUUGACACGCGCGGCGGUGCCUGCUCUGGAGAAGUUCUUGGGCUUGCCGCCUGGCGGGAGCUUCGCGUCGGACGUGUAUAGGGCUCUGGAGCAGGCGCGGUUGCGGCUUGAGCGGGAGGGUAGGUAAGAGUGGCGAUCGGACUGUUCGUUUGUUGCAGGUUAGAAGUCGAGCAACUCUUCUUUCUUUUGGCGAGGGUGUGUGGGUGCGAGCAUGAUUUAACAUGGGCAAUAGUUUACAAGGUACGAGGAGCAAAGCGGAGGAGUCUAACUAAUCACAAUACAUAAUAGGUUGAUGGAUGA